AUGCUGGCGAACUCUCUUGUCGUUCUGGCCGCCAUUGUUGCGAGCAUCCUUAACCCAGUCUUGGGGGCCCCGGCUCUCGAUGUUGCCGAACCUCAGGUUGAGCCCAAAUAUGUCUUCGCUCAUUUCAUGGUCGGCAUCGUCGAAAACUAUCAGCUGGAAGACUGGAUCACUGACAUGAAAGCCGCACAAGCCAUCGGAAUCGAUGCAUUCGCACUCAAUUGUGCCAGCAUUGACAAGUACACCCCGACACAGCUCGCCCUAGCAUACCAAGCUUCUCAACAAGUCAACUUCAAAGUAUUCAUUUCCUUCGACUUCGCCUACUGGAGCAACGGGGACACGGGCAAGAUCACUGCCUACAUGCAACAAUACGCAAACCACCCAGCGCAGAUGCAAUACCGCGGCGGCGCAGUCGUGAGCACCUUUGUCGGGGACAGCUUCAACUGGAGCCCUGUCAAGCAAGCUACCUCACACCCUAUUCAUGCCGUGCCUAACCUUCAAGAUCCUGCUGCUGCGUCCAGCAAUUCUCAGCGGGGCGCAGACGGGGCAUUCUCAUGGUACGCAUGGCCGACAGACGGGGGUAACAGCAUAAUAAAAGGGCCUAUGACAACAAUCUGGGACGACCGGUACAUCAAAGAUCUCGCAGGCACGACAUAUAUGGCGCCGGUUUCACCAUGGUUUGCUACGCACUUCAACAGCAAGAACUGGGUGUUCAUAUGCGAGAACCUGCCCACCCUGCGUUGGGAGCAGAUGCUGAGCCUCAAGCCAAGCUUGGUCGAAAUCAUUUCUUGGAACGACUACGGCGAAUCCCACUAUAUCGGCCCCUACAGCGCCAACCACAGUGACGAUGGCUCCUCUAAAUGGGCAAAGGGCAUGCCGCACGACGCCUGGCGCGACCUCUACAAGCCUUAUAUCGCCGCAUACAAAUCCGGAGAUAGCAAGCCCACUAUCACUCAGGAAGGGCUGGUUUACUGGUACCGGCCCACGCCUAAGGGGGUGAACUGCCCUGAGGAUAAUAUGCCUGCGCCAAAUGGAUUCCAGAUGCUAAGUGAUAGUAUCUUUGUAGCGACAAUGUUGAGCAGUCCUGCUACGUUGACAGUUACGAGUGGGUCAAUUGGGCCGGUCAAGGUUGAUGUGCCUGCUGGGAUCGUGACGACGAAUGUGACAAUGGGAAUAGGGGCGCAGACGUUCCAGAUUAGUCGGAAUGGACAGGUUAUUUUGAGUGGCAAGGGUGGUCUGGAUGUGGCCGAUCGGAGCAAGUAUUAUAAUUUCAAUGUGUUUGUUGGAAGUGUCAUGCGAAGUUCCGCUGCGGGGAAUGCUUCGAGAAUGCUCCUGCUUUUGCACAUGACUUUGCUGAAAGUCUUAUUAUCCGGUGAUAAACAAGUCAACGUGUGCAGUACGACUGGUAGUAAAGGUGUCAUCUGCCAUUUGUUAAUACCGGAUCAGGUUACAUCACUUAUCAUACCUAAGUUCCUACAGCAUAUGGUACAAGGCAAAAAGUAUAAUUAG